CCUCGACCUGUUGCGCUCUCUCUCGCUCGAAAGUCGAAACCAGACGCGCCCGACCCAAGCUCGCAUCUCUCUCGCUCCUCUCCUCGCCCGACGAAGCAGCCGCCCUCCCGGUCCCUCCGCACGGCGGAUCCAUCUCGGGCGGAUACACCUUCCACGGAGGCGAAUGAAUCACGCCGCUGAAGUGGAAGGAAUUCGUCCCGUGUAGCUGCCGCCGUCCUCCUCCUCCUCGCCUCUGCUGGACUGGGGUGGCGUGGAGAUCCAGCCGGACUCGGAGGACCGAUUCCUUCUUUUGCUGGGACUGACUGGUUAUGCGAGUACCCACUUUCAAAUUAUUGACAGUGAGUAUGAAAGGAAGAUCAUUGAUUUUGGACGGAGAAGAUUUGAAAUGGAACCAUCCUCACAGCCUCAGCCUGUGAUAGGUAUUACUGCUGGUGGACCACAAGGAUAUCCUGCUGCUGCUGCUGCUGCUGCUUAUCCGCCUCCAGCAAUGGUACCUGGAGCUCCUGCUGUUGUUCCUCUUGGCUCACAGCCAACAGCACCAUUCCCAGCUGAACUCAGUGCUCAGCACCAGCUGGUCUACCAACAAGCUCAGCAAUUUCACCAACAAUUGCAGCAACAGCAACAGAAGCAGCUCAGGGAGUUCUGGACUACCCAGAUGGAUGAGAUCGAGCAGACAACGGACUUCAAGAACCACAGCUUGCCACUUGCAAGGAUAAAGAAGAUAAUGAAGGCUGAUGAGGAUGUGCGGAUGAUCUCUUCUGAAGCUCCUGUUGUCUUUGCGAAGGCAUGCGAGAUAUUCAUAUUAGAGCUGACAUUGAGGUCAUGGAUGCACACUGAGGAGAACAAGCGCCGGACCUUGCAGAAGAAUGAUAUUGCAGCUGCCAUAACUAGGACUGACAUAUAUGACUUCUUGGUGGACAUCAUUCCGAGGGAUGAAAUGAAAGAGGAGGGACUUGGGCUUCCGAGGGUUGGUUUGCCGCCAGCUAUGGGGGCACCAGCUGAUUGUUAUCCACCCUAUUACUAUGUGCCAGCACAGCAGGUGCCAGGGGCUGGAAUGAUGUAUGGUGGUCAGCAGGGUCGCCCGGUGACGUAUGUGUGGCAGCAGCCUCAGGGGCAAGAGGAAGAGCCUCCGGAAGAGCAGCAGCAGUCUUAGGUCAUAGGGUUUCCUAAUGGUAGUUUCGACUUUCGAUGCUGCUAUGCAGCAGUAGAAAAAGAUUGUGAUUUGACAGGUGAUUUGCAACAAAUGUAGGAAUCAUACUAUACCGUUUCAUUCUAAUCCGAUAUUGUAAGGGCUUGUUUG